GACGCGUCUUGUUCCCGCCCCGCCUCCCGAAAACAAGCCCUAGAGUAAAAAAGGAGGCAGCCCUCCCCUUCCGCUUGCUCUCGCGCCCGCCGCCGUCGUCGCCUCCUCUACAUCCGAGGAAUCAUGAUGGGGAGUACGGCGAACGGAUCUUGCGAGCCAUCGGCGAGCAGGGCCGGUGCCGGCGCCGUUGUGGACAAGGACGUCGACUUCGCUAACUACUUCUGCACAUACUCGUACCUGUACCACCAGAAGGAGAUGCUAGCCGACCGUGUCCGCAUGGACGCCUACUUCAAUGCCGUCUUCCAGAACAAGCACCAUUUCCAGGGAAAGGUCGUGUUGGACGUCGGCACGGGAAGCGGCAUCCUCGCUAUUUGGUGUGCACAAGCCGGUGCAAGGAAGGUGUAUGCGGUUGAAGCUACGAAGAUGGCGGAUCAUGCGCGUCUGCUUGUUAAAGGGAAUAACGUGGAAGACAUUGUCGAAGUGAUCGAGGGGUCGAUGGAGGAGGUUACCUUGCCUGAGAAAGUGGAUGUUAUCAUCUCGGAGUGGAUGGGGUAUUUUCUUCUCCGGGAGUCGAUGUUUGAUUCUGUGAUAUGCGCUCGUGACCGUUGGUUGAAACCAGAUGGAGUAAUGUAUCCUAGUCAUGCUCGCAUGUGGAUGGCACCUAUCAGAUCUGGUUUGGGGGACCAAAAAAUGAAUGAUCUUGAAUCUGCAAUGAGCGAUUGGUAUGGCUUUGUUGAGGAGACUGAAAAUUAUUAUGGGGUUAACAUGAAUAUUCUUACAAAACCUUUCCGUGAAGAGCAUGAAAAAUAUUAUUUAAAGACAUCCUUGUGGAGCAAUCUUCAUCCUGAUCAAGUUGUAGGUGCUCCCAUUGUCAUGAAGGAGAUUGAUUGUUUGACUGCUACAGUAGAUGAAAUCCGUAUAGUUAACUCAACGUUCUCAUUACCUAUUAAUAUCGACAGGACACGCUUAUCUGCAUUAGCUGGGUGGUUCGAUGUGCAUUUUCAAGGUAGCAAGCAGAAUCCGGCAACAUGUGAAAUUGAGUUGACUACUGCUCCCAGUGUCGAAAACACCACCCAUUGGGGUCAACAGCUAUUCCUGCUACAUCCUGCUCUUAGAGUUAAUGAAGGCGAUGAAUUAUUGAUCUCCUUUUUGAUGUGCCGCUCCAAAGAGAACCAUCGGCUUAUGAAUGUGGAUUUAACCUAUGAAUUGCAGCAGCCAUCUGGGAAGCGACUUCCAGCAGUCAAUUCAAAGUUCUAUAUAGAAUGAUGGUCCAUGGAACCAUAGGAACACAGGGUUAUUCUUCCAGAACGAUAUUUUUCAAGGUAUGCCAUUGUAAGACUAAGAAGCUCUGCCUAUCCUUGCUUGGGAUCUUGUUGUGUCUGAGAUCUUAACCAGGAAAACCCAGCAAUCAUCAUGACUUCUCUGGUGAUGCUCUCGUUUUCAGAUUCAUGACUUAAAGGCUUGUAUGUGAAAUUUUUGGAUAUUAGUAACUCAUGUAUGAUUAAGAUUACUUAUUUAAGCCUUUGCUUGGGAACA